CCAAUUGCACUUCGCGGACAAGUUCACCAUGUUAUUUUCAGAUCCUCCAUGUAUAAAAGGAAAAAAAGCUCCCUGUGUCACCCAGAAUCUAUCUCCUCCUCAAGAGUGAAUUGUUUCUAUUAAGAUAGGAGUGAAAAAUUUGAAACAAAAAAAAAGAAAUCUAAUUCAUUACUGCAAAUCUGUAUCGAAUCAAGACUCAACAAUCCAACAAAUCAAGGCUUGUUCGAAAUUUCAAAUAAAAUCUGUUGAAAUUGAUAAAACAAAAAGAUUUGCUAGGAGUGUUGGUCUCAUUGUUGAAAUAAAAGGCACAAGAUGGGAUUUUUUGAUGGCUUGCCUGUUCCUCCUGAUAAAGAGUAUUUGAGGGGGGAGCUUUCACAAAUAGAUGAGAGUUGGGCUGCUGCACGUUUUGAUUCAUUACCUCAUGUUGUCCAUAUUUUGACAUCAAAAGAUCGUGAAGGUGAGGUCCAAAUUUUGAAGGAACAAAGUGAUGUUGUUGAGGAGGUUGUGGAUGAAGUGGUGCAUGCUUAUCAUAGUGGGUUCAACAAAGCAAUUCAAAAUUAUUCUCAGAUCUUGCGGUUAUUCAGUGAAUCUGCAGAAAGUAUUGUCACACUAAAGGUCGAUUUGGCUGAAGCAAAGAAGCGUCUUGGCACCCGGAACAAACAAUUGCAUCAGCUAUGGUAUCGGUCUGUUACCCUGCGGCACAUUAUCUCACUACUGGAUCAAAUUGAGGGCAUAGCGAAGGUUCCGUCACGUAUUGAGAAACUCAUUGCUGAAAAGCAGUAUUAUGCAGCAGUUCAAUUACAAGUUCAGUCAACAUUGAUGCUUGAGCGAGAAGGUCUUCAAACAGUUGGUGCUCUUCAAGAUGUUCGGUCUGAGUUGACAAAGUUGAGAGGAGUUCUUUUCUAUAAAGUUUUAGAGGAUUUGCAUGCUCAUCUUUACAACAAAGGAGAGUAUAGCUCAAUUGCCUCAAGCAUGAAUGAAAGAGAUGAUGAAUUGCCAACCACCACUGUUGUUGCUUUUACAAUGAGUAAUUCACAAUCUUUAUCACGAAGAACCAGAUUAAUGAAAGGUGACAAUCAUGGAUUCAUUGAAGGAUCAUAUAGAUCUGGUUCUGUUGAUGGAGGUUCGUCGUUGGAUGGCCAUGAUGAGGAGGGUACUUUGGAACCACAGGAUGAAUCGAAGGACAUAAAGAGUGGUGCACAAAUUCCUCGUCAAGUACCACGUUGGCUUUCAAAUUCCACUCCUGAUGAAUUUGUUGAGAUAAUAAAAAAGAGUGGUGCUGCACUUCAUGUGAAAUAUUUGCAGACAAUGGUUGAGUGCCUCUGUAUGCUGGGCAAAGUUGCAGCUGCUGGUGCAAUGAUAUGCCAGAGAUUGCGACCCACAAUUCAUGACAUUAUCACUUCCAAGAUAAAAGCUCAUGCAGAACUUGUUAACUCUUCAAAGUCUGGAACUUGUCAGGCUGCCCAAACUGCUACCACAGGUCUUCAUUUUCUGAAAGGACAGUUAGAAAGCUACCAGUUACCAAAACAGAAGCUUCAGAAUGGGAUAUCAGUGGCAGCAACUUUAUUGUCAGUGAGCCCUGUUUCACCAGUAAUGGCUCCUGCAGGGAAAGCACAGGCUGCUGCAAAGGAUCUUCUUGAUUCAAUUUUGGACACCGUUGUGCGAAUAUUUGAGAAUCAUGUUGUUGUUGGAGAGCUUUUGGAGUCAAAAUCUACUCAGAAUGCUGAUAUGAACACACCAAGGUCAAUGAUAAUAGAUGUAAAUUUCCCUGAUUCUGAAACAUCUCAAGCUACUGGAGGCUACAGCAUAGGCUUUUCCUUGACAGUUUUGCAGAGUGAAUGCCAACAACUUAUAUGCGAAAUUCUGCGAGCAACUCCUGAAGCUGCAUCUGCAGAUGCGGCUGUUCAAACUGCUAGACUUGCAAGCAAAGUUCCUUCUGUGGAAAAAAAGGAUGGUUCAGAAGAUGGCCUUACCUUUGCUUUUCGGUUCACAGAUGCUAGUAUAUCUAUUCCUAACCAGGGCGUUGAUCUCAUUCGUCAAGGAUGGAGUCGAAGGGGUCCAAAUGUCAUACAAGAAGGCUAUGGGUCUGCUGCUGUCUUGCCUGAGCAAGGCAUAUAUCUCGCAGCAUCUGCAUACCGGCCUGUCCUUCAGUUCACUGAUAAGAUUGCUUCAAUGCUGCCAAAAAAAUAUUCGCAACUUGGGAAUGAUGGAUUGCUAGCAUUUAUAGAGAACUUUGUUAAGGACCACUUUUUACCAACUAUGUUUGUGGACUACCGGAAGGGUGUUCAGCAAGCCAUAUCAAGAAACACUAUUACAGGUCCAGCUGCAUUUCGCCCUAGGGCACACACUACUGCUGCUUAUACCUCGUCAAUUGAGAAAGGUCGACCUGUCUUGCAGGGACUUUUGGCAAUAGAUUUCUUAGCAAAAGAGGUGUUUGGUUGGGCUCAAGCAAUGCCAAAAUUUUCUAGUGAUCUGGUGAAGUUUGUGCAAACUUUUCUUGAACGAACAUAUGAAAGAUGUCGAACAUCAUACAUGGAGGCAGUUCUGGAGAAGCAGAGUUACAUGCUGAUAGGGAGGCAUGAUAUUGAGAAAUUGAUGCGUCUUGAUCCCGCAAGCUCAUGUUUGCCAAAUCCACUUGGUAAAGCAAAUAUGAACAAUGCCUCAGAUUCUGAAUCUGCCAGUAUCGAAUCUGAACUGAUUGAAUUAUUUUUGAAUUUGCGCCCUAUCAAGCAGGAAAAUCUAAUUCGUGAUGAUAACAAACUAAUUUUGCUAGCAUCCCUUAGUGAUUCAUUGGAGUAUGUAGCAGACUCAAUUGAAAGGCUGACUUUAAGAACGUCAAAUCAAGUGGAAGUGAAUGGCAAGAAUCUGGCAUCAUUUGCAGAUGAUUAUAGAAAACUGGCAAUUGACUGCCUGAAGGUUUUGCGUGUAGAGAUGCAAUUGGAGACUAUUUUCCAUAUGCAGGAAAUGACAAACAGAGAGUACUUGGAGGACCAAGAUGCAGAAGAGCCUGAUGACUUCAUAAUUUCACUCACAGCCCAGAUAACACGUAGGGAUGAGGAAAUGGCACCUUUUGUGGCAGGAGUAAAGCGGAAUUACAUAUUUGGUGGAAUUUGUAGCGUUGCUGCAAAUGCAUCAAUCAAGGCUUUGGCUGACAUGAAAGCCAUUAACCUUUUCGGGGUUCAACAGAUAUGUCGAAAUUCAAUUGCACUGGAACAGGCCCUGGCAGCUAUUCCAUCAAUUGAUAGUGGAGCUGUACAGCAGAAAUUAGAUCAUGUCCGCUCCUAUUAUGAAUUAUUAAAUAUGCCAUUUGAGGCCUUGCUUGCUUUCAUCACAGAGCACGAGCACUUGUUUACAGCCACAGAGUAUGCUAGUCUUCUAAAGGUCCAAGUCCCAGGAAGGGAGAUUCCCCCUGAUGCGCAAGAUCGAGUAGCAGAUAUAUUAUCCCGUUAGCUUUUCUAUUGGUGGAUGAGGAUUGAUUUAUCAUGUAAAGAAUAUAACUUCAUCCAGAAUGUGGUGCCGGCAGAAUUGAUCGAUAAUUAGAUGCAAAAGCCAGCUUAGCUUGUGCCACGUGAAUUUUUGCCGUAUAUAGUAGACGCAAGUAUCUUGCAAUUUCUUCUGUUGUCAUUUGUUGUUAGUAUGCUCGUGUUUCUUUUGGUUUCCGGUGGGGCUUGUCAAUGUUGAUGAGAGAAUGUUAAUGCGAUGUAAGCUUCUUGCUACUCCUUUUAAAUUGUUCAUGACUGGUCUUGCUCUUGACUAUUAAUUUUAAAUUACUCCA